UUCUAUUUUCCUAUUCAACGAUAACAAAAUUUUAAAUAACUUCCGAUAUUUUCGAAGGGCGGGUACCGUCAUCUAAAUAAGAUCGAUGGACCUGCGAUAUCGAUGAUUUAACCAUAAUUCCUACUAAACAAAAUUAAUAGUAUAUAAGCGCAAGAAGAUAUCUCGAUUGAGAUUACUAAUGGAGUAAUAGGAUACGAUAGAAAUGGAAAAUAUUUAUAAAUAUGUGUUCUCCCAGUCCAUCUUGCUCUGCAAUUUGCAGUCCACCUAUGUGCUGCCCAACACCUUGUCCAAUACCUUCUUGCAUACCACCUUGUCCACCAGCUUGUUAUCCUUGCCUACCUUGCGUACCUUGUGCGCCUCUUAUACAAUGUAGGCCACCAUGUCCGCCUCGUUGCCCAGCAAGACCAUCGAAGACAGUGGUGUACUUACGACCUUGUCCACCCUGUCCACCUUGCUGUCCUAUGCCUUGUCCUCCAAAAGUGGUGGUGACAUGUCCUCCUCCCUGCUCACCUUGUCCACCGCCUCCUCCAACUUGCGUUUACGUUUGUACUCCCAAAUGCAUACCUUGUAUGCCGUGUCCACCUCCUACACCCCCAGUUUGCUCACCUUGCAGACCACUUUGUCUGACUUGUCCACCUUGCUGAGAAUUCAACCGAUUUUUAGACCAAACAUACUUUAAUCUUAUGAGUCAUAUCAACAGAUUGAUCAUGAUCAUUUUAAUUUUUUAUAUAUGACAGAAAAACUCACCAAAGUUUUACAAUCCUAAAUAUUUGUCGAUCACGAUAAUAGAACGAUGAUUCAAUCAUGUUCACACAGAACAAUAACCAUGAAUUAAUGAAAUGACCAUUGACAAUAAUGAAAUGAUAAUCUCGAUUAGAUAUUUUAAUCAAUUUCCCAAUUAGACGUCUCGAAGAUGACUUUAUUAAAUCAACUUGCGACAAAUGAAUUGAGGACGCAACUCCCAACUAAAAAAUUACGUCGAAGCAAUACUGAAUCUCUAGAGAAAGAAUUUUGGCAUUAUUAUUAAGUUAAUACUAAAUUAUUUUUAAGUUAAUUGAUUAAAACUUAUAAUGUGUCUUUAUUUAGUAAAAUUUUCAAGAGUAUUGAGUAAAUGUAUCAGCUCUUCUCGGAUUCAUCUAAUACUAAACAUAUUCUUUAACCCCCUAAGAAUAUUUAAUAAUAUUGAAAUAAAACGAGAAGUGUAUAGGAUGUGUAGAUAAAAUAAAUAAAAUGUAUUUCUAUCCGA